GGGGCGGAGUCAGCUCUCCGGGUCCUUCCCGAGCUCACCGCCCGCCUGACGGAGACGCCUUCGACCGAGAGAGGUGGGAUGAAAACAGGACAUUCUUAAGGACUAUCCCAUCGCCAACCACCGCUUUUCUUUGUUUUAUAUAUCGAGAAGACACCAGAAAACCGAGGACAGGAUGGGGGUCUACGAGGAGAAGAAGGAACCGUGCGGAACCAUCUGCCUGAAAUACCUGCUGUUCAGUUUCAACUUCCUCUUCUGGUUGGCAGGCGGCGGCGUGAUGGCGGUGGGCAUCUGGACCUUGGUGGAGAAGAGCGACUACAUCAGCCUGCUCUCCUCCAAGACCUACGCCGCCUCCGCCUACAUCCUGGUCCUGGCUGGAGCCAUCGUCAUGGUAACAGGCGUGCUGGGCUGCUGUGCCACCUUCAAGGAGCAGAGGAGGCUGCUGCGGGUGUACUUCGUCCUGCUGCUGUGCAUCUUCCUGCUGGAGAUCCUGUCCGGCAUCCUGGCCUACAUCUACUAUCAGCAGUUGAACGAGGAGCUGAAGCAGAACCUCAGAGAGACGAUGACCCAGAAGUACGAGCAGAGCUCCCACGAACACGUCACCCGGGCCGUGGACAAGCUGCAGCAGGAGUUCAAGUGCUGCGGCAGCAACAGCUCGUCGGACUGGGCCGAGAGCGUCUGGAUCCGCUCCAGGGACGCCGAGGGCCGCAUGGUGCCCGACAGCUGCUGCAAGACGCGCACCCACCUGUGCGGCCGCAGGGACCACCCGUCCAACAUCUACAAGGUGGAGGGAGGCUGCAUCACCAAGCUGGAGAAAUUCAUCCUGGACCAUCUGAAGAUCAUCGGCGCCGUCGGGGUCGGGAUCGCAUGUGUGCAGGUCAUAGGGAUGGUUUUCACAUGCUGCCUGUAUCGAAGUCUAAAGGCGGAGCCGUACUGAGAGGAGGAGCAGCAGAAGAACCGCGUGUGUGUGUGAG